GAGGACACCAUUGUAAGAGCAGGCCCCUCCUCCCAUCGUCCAUUUGCCAUCGAUGAGACAACAAAAAGAAACCAACCAAUCAAACGUGUGAAUCCUGCUGUACACCCACCCACACACACCCAUCUCAGAACCCUCUUGCCUCCAAAACACCAAACUUCCUUUACCUCAUUUCGCUAAAAAAAUAUCGUCAGUCAUGGCCUAAAAUCAAACCAAAACCUCUCUCUUUCUCUCUCCAUCCCUUAAUAAUCUCUCGCUGUCAUCGCAAAAAUCCCAAAAAAUGGCCUCUCUCUCUGGCCUCUGCUCCUCUUCUCCCUCUCUCAAACCCAAGCACUCUCUUUGGAAAACCACCCUUAAUCCUCCCCUACUCAAAACCUCGCUCACAUAUCGAACUCGGACUCUACUCACUCCUACUCGCUCAAUCGCUAGCGAUAUCCCCGCCGAUUUAUCAAAAACAAACGACAAACUUCCGAACAAGCCUAAACAACUCGGACUAGAAAAAGAUCCUAAUUCUCUAUGGAGGAGAUACGUUGACUGGCUCUACCAGCACAAGGAAUUAGGGUUGUAUUUGGAUGUGAGUCGGAUCGGUUUCACGGACGAGUUUGUUUCGGAAAUGGAGCCCCGAUUCCAUAAGGCGUUUAAGGACAUGGAGGAAUUAGAGAAGGGCGCGAUUGCCAAUCCUGAUGAAGGGAGAAUGGUUGGGCAUUAUUGGUUGAGGAAUUCAACCUUAGCGCCUAAGUCGUUUUUGAAAACUCAGAUUGAUAAGGCUCUUGAUGCUGUUUGUGAUUUUGCUGAUCAAGUCGUCAGUGGUAAGAUUAAGACUCCGGACGGGGGGCGUUUUACUCAAAUACUUUCUGUUGGGAUUGGUGGUUCAGCUCUCGGUCCGCAGUUUGUUGCGGAGGCAUUGGCGCCCGAUAAUCCUCCUCUCAAGAUAAGGUUCAUUGAUAAUACAGACCCUGCUGGAAUUGAUCAUCAGAUUGCUCAGCUUGGACCCGAGCUGGCUUCUACUCUUGUCAUUGUGAUUUCAAAGAGUGGAGGAACCCCUGAAACUAGAAAUGGUUUGUUGGAAGUACAGCAGGCCUUUCGUGAAGCUGGACUGGAUUUUGCAAAACAGGGUGUCGCUAUAACACAAGAAAAUUCAUUACUAGACAACACUGCAAGAAUUGAGGGCUGGUUGGCUAGAUUCCCUAUGUUUGAUUGGGUGGGUGGUAGGACAUCUGAAAUGUCUGCAGUUGGCCUGCUUCCAGCAGCGCUUCAGGGGAUUGACAUCAGAGAAAUGCUAGCUGGUGCGGCAUUGAUGGAUGAGGCAAAUAGGACCACAGUGCUUAGGAAUAACCCUGCAGCUUUGCUAGCUUUAUGUUGGUAUUGGGCUUCUGAGGGGGUGGGAUCUAAGGACAUGGUUGUGCUUCCAUACAAGGACAGCCUAUUGCUAUUCAGUAGGUAUUUGCAACAGCUGGUCAUGGAAUCACUUGGAAAGGAAUUUGAUCUUGAUGGUAAUCGGGUAAAUCAAGGACUUACCGUCUAUGGAAAUAAAGGGAGCACGGAUCAGCAUGCUUACAUUCAACAACUGAGAGAAGGAGUGCACAAUUUCUUUGUAACGUUCAUUGAAGUGCUACGAGAUAGACCCCCUGGCCAUGAUUGGGAGCUUGAACCAGGUGUCACAUGUGGUGACUACCUAUUUGGAAUGUUACAGGGAACUCGGUCAGCUCUGUAUGCCAAGGACAGGGAAUCUAUAACAGUCACAGUGCAAGAAGUGACCCCCAGAUCUGUUGGGGCUCUUAUUGGGCUUUAUGAGCGGGCAGUUGGGAUAUAUGCCUCACUUGUCAACAUCAAUGCUUAUCAUCAACCUGGUGUGGAAGCAGGGAAGAAAGCAGCAGGAGAAGUUUUAGCUCUUCAGAAGCGGGUUUUGGCAGUGCUCAAUGAGGCAAGCUGCAAACAGCCCGUGGAACCAUUGACAAUCGAGGAAGUAGCCGAUCGUUGCCAUGCUACCGAAGAUAUUGAAAUGAUAUACAAGAUAAUUGCACACAUGGCUGCUAAUGACAGAGCACUUAUAGCUGAAGGCAGCUGUGGUUCACCGCGCAGUCUCAAAGUUUUCCUUGGAGAGUGUAAUGUGGAUGAGCUAUUUGCCUAAAUUUAUAACAGUGAAGAUCAUAACAAAACAUGUCUUCAAGUUCGGAAAAAGAACUCCAAUAAGCUGAUUUUGAACUGCAUGUAUUACAUGAGCUGAGAUUUUUUUAAACCUUGAGCACUCAUCAAAAUAAAAAAGUUUCCAUUGUCCUUGUGUGUGAUUAGAACCACUGUCAAGAAAGUUGCCCCCUGUAAGACGUAUUUGUUUGGGAUCAAGUGUCAUUUGAAAGCAUCUUGUAUUAUACCGGUGGGUUGCCCUCAA